AAACGCAUGCAUUCCACGAGCCGAGGUGAUUCUCCUCUCGUCUUAUCCGUGUUUCGUCGGCUAUUCUCCACCUUCUCUCUCUAAAACUCACUUUCUUCUUCUCUAUAAGAAAACUCUGCCAUUGCUAGACCCAUAGAGUAGUUCGAUAAUUAAUUCUACACUCUCUCUCUCACAGAAUAGUCAUAUAGUUCUACACUCUCUCUCCUGUUCCGUUUGAAUUUGAGGAUCAGAAUUCACUAAAAGGGGCUUUUGAUGGCUCUGAGUUUACUCUCCCCAGCCGAAAUCAAGGCCAUUUCGUUUUUGGAGUCCUCUAAAUUUAACCACAACCUUCACAAGCUUCAAGGUGGUGUUUCUUUGAGAAGGAGGGACUGUGGAGCAACAUUUGGAAAGAUAGUUCACUGUUCAGCACAGCCACCUCCUCCAGCCUGGCCGGGACGGGCUGUUGUAGAGCCAGGUCGUAAGACUUGGGAUGGUCCAAAGCCAAUCUCAGUUGUUGGGUCUACAGGUUCUAUCGGAACUCAGACACUGGACAUAGUCGCGGAGAACCCAGAUAAGUUCAGAAUUGUGGCACUUGCGGCUGGUUCAAAUGUUACUCUUCUUGCUGAUCAGGUCAGGACAUUCAAACCUCAAUUAGUUGCUGUUAGAAACGAGUCACUGGUUGAUGAACUAAAAGAGGCUUUGGCUGAUGUUGAACACAAGCCUGAAAUUAUUCCUGGAGAGCAAGGUGUCAUUGAGGUUGCCCGACAUCCAGAUGCUGUCACUGUAGUCACAGGAAUUGUAGGUUGUGCAGGUUUGAAGCCAACCGUGGCUGCAAUAGAGGCAGGGAAAGACAUAGCCUUAGCCAAUAAAGAAACUCUAAUUGCCGGGGGUCCGUUUGUCCUUCCUCUUGCACACAAGCAUAAUGUAAAGAUUCUUCCUGCUGAUUCGGAACAUUCUGCUAUAUUCCAGUGUAUUCAAGGCUUGCCAGAGGGUGCUCUUAGGCGCAUUAUUUUAACUGCAUCAGGCGGGGCUUUCAGGGAUUGGCCUGUUGCUAAGUUGAAAGAAGUUAAAGUUGCUGAUGCUUUGAAGCAUCCAAACUGGAAUAUGGGAAAAAAGAUUACUGUGGAUUCUGCUACCCUAUUCAAUAAGGGUCUGGAAGUUAUUGAAGCCCACUAUCUUUUUGGGAGUGAAUUUGAUGAUAUUGAGAUUGUUAUUCACCCCCAAUCUAUUAUACAUUCAAUGGUUGAAACACAGGAUUCAUCUAUCUUAGCACAGUUGGGGUGGCCUGAUAUGCGAUUACCAAUCCUCUACACAUUAUCCUGGCCAGACAGAAUUUACUGCUCUGAGAUUACUUGGCCCCGGCUUGACCUUUGCAAGCUUGAAUCACUGACAUUCAAAACUCCUGACAAUGUCAAAUACCCAUCCAUGAAUCUAGCCUAUGCUGCUGGACGAUCUGGAGGUACCAUGACAGGAGUUCUUAGUGCGGCCAAUGAGAAAGCUGUUGAGAUGUUCAUUGAUGAAAGGAUCGGCUACCUGGAUAUUUUUAAGGUUGUAGAGCUAACAUGUGCUAAGCAUCAGUCAGAGUUGGUGACCUCUCCAUCCCUUGAGGAAAUUAUACAUUAUGAUAUGUGGGCACGAAAAUACGCUGCUAGUUUGCAACUCUCCUCUGGUUUAAGCCCUGUUCUGGUAUGAAAAGACGGCCUUUCCCCAGGGAAUGAAAAUGCUGAAUUUAGAUUCAGAAGAAUGUGUGGAUGCAGUCCUUUGAUGUCAUCUUUCCGAGGUAUGUGAGGCAUGAAUCAACUGUAUCACAUUUGAAAAUUGAUGUAAGCGUCUGUAAUGUGUUCAUUGUACUAUAAGGUUAUAAAUAUAUGAAUGCAUUCUUUAUCA